GGUUCACUGUCGUGAAACGGUCUCGGGUGGGAGGCUCCGCUCUGCGUAUGUUAAGUGUCACGCCCUGCCAGUCAUACGAACGCUUAAAGGUCUUAAACCUUGCCUAUUGGUUAGGCUGCAGCAGGAAACCCUGCAACUGGUAACACCUCGUAUCGAAUCUUGGCCAGUACAGCUCACAAGUCAUGGAACUUCAGCCUGUUUAUUAUGAGCCUGGGAGCUUUAUUGAAACAACCACUGGCAACAAGGUGAGCCGCCAGUCUGUUCUGUGUGGCUCCCAAAACACCAUCCUCACUGGCAAGAACAUCGUGGACUCCGGGGCCAUCAUUCGGGGCGACCUGGCCAGCAUUCGAACGGGACGCUAUUGCAUCGUGGGACGGCGGGCGGUGCUGCGGCCGCCGUUCAAAAAGUUCAGCAAGGGCGUCGCCUUCUUCCCGACCCACAUCGGCGACCAUGUGUUCAUCGGCGAGGGCUCCGUAGUCAACGCCGCCUCGGUCGGCAGCUACGUGUACAUCGGCGCCAACUGCGUUAUCGGGCGUCGCUGCAUCCUGAAGGACUGCUGCUACAUCGAGGACAACACUGUGCUGUCUCCGGAGACGGUGGUGCCGUGCUUCGCGCGCUUCGGCGGCUCGCCGGGCCGCUUCCUGUCAGAGUUGCCCGAGUGUGCGCAAGACCUGAUGAUUGAGUUCACGCGAAACUACCAUAAGAACUUCGUGGCUGGGAAAUGAGGCUGGCGCGACUGCGAGCGGCGACUCGAGAGGCCCGGCGACUCGAGAGGCCCGACGGCUUGAGAGACCCGGCGGCUUGAGAGGCCCGGCGGCUCGAGAAGCCCGGCGGCUCGGGAGGCUCGGCGACCAGUCUGCUCGUUGGUGCCGCAGUUGUGGUGCUUCGCACGAUUGGUGGACUCCCGCGACCUCUGCUGCGAGUGUUUCGGCUCAGUCCGGGACCAGCCGUGGAGGACGGCUCGGCCCCGCAGCCUGGUGUGCAGCUGCGAGCAGAGUUGUCGCGAGGCCUUGGGAGUGGAGGAUGAUGAGCUGGGUCGAAGGGGUGAAGAGAGAUCGUAACAGUGCGGUGCUGAAACGAAGGGGACGCCACCAUUGAAUGGAAACCGCGAGCCAGGGUACUGAUCCUGUCCUGCUGAAAAAUAAACGUCGUGACAUUGCGAGCUAAUAGCUAUCGACUCAGUGCGCGGUAUUCCACCCUUUCAAAAUGUACGUAGACAAAAUGCUCGCAGUGUUGCUUUCUGACCGACAGAUGUCAGCACCUGACGUGAUAAACUCGAACAGUACAGUCGCUGACUGUGACAGUGCAGUCGCUAACUGUGACAGUACAGUCGCUAACUGUGACAGCACUGUCGCUGGCUGUGGCGCACCGACCGCCUUGCGUUGUUACGCUGAGGGUGGGGGAGGGGAGGAGCUUCUAGUCGGGUUCUGUGUUUGGGUCAUGUGACUCCAUCCAUAUUUAUAUUUGCAGUGGUGUGCAUAAAUCUCGGUCGAACAACUUCCACUGUAUGAGGUGUGCUAUCCUAGCUUUACAUGUGAGUUUUGCCGAGCAUCAGCAGCAUCUGGGGGCUGUGGUUAGCAUGUGACAUUUUUGGCUACUGUCGCUCGCUUGUUAUGACCAUUCUUUCCGUGCAUUUUACGGUACUUGUACUGAAAGUCGUGCUGCGCUGAAUUCUACGGGAAAUACACGUUAAGAACGGUGCGAUGGAUGCCGUUGCCAGUGAUUAAACUUCCUUGC